ACCCGACUCACAUUACUUCAAUAAACUUAUAAUUGAACCUUCUCUUUCCUUUCUUCUAAAUAUCACCUAAGUUCUGAUAAACAAGUCUACCGAUGUUCAUAUUGUCGUUAACAAGUCUUUAACUGUAGGAUUACAUCAUGGAAGGGCGUCUUCCAACGUCAUCGGAGCAGGCGUGGCGAGACGACUCCAGCGACGAGCCACCGGCAUACAAAUCAAGAAAUUUCCAGUCAAAUAACGCUAGAAGUGAUCUCCCAUCAUACGAGGAAACCGUUGGAGAUGAUCAGGACGAAAAGGAUUAUCAAAAUGAUAAGAAACCUACAAGUGCCAACCCGAAGAAUAAUCAAGACCUUCCACCUUGUAGCCACUGGUCGGAAAGCGGGUGUAAUAUGACAUCCAACUCUAGACAAUGCUGCUCUUGUGUCGACGACCGGCCUAAAACCGAGUCUGGACUCUAUCCGAUGUAUGUGGAUCAUGAGGGCUGGGUUGAAAAGGCCACCAGGUGGAAGUAUUACUGCCCGAGCUGUCAAGAAUAUUUCGACCCGGAUGCUAAGGCAAGAAGCUUGAGAGACCAGUGGGCUUGGGCGGAGAAACGCGCACAGUCUUUGGCUGACGAGCGGGACAAACGGUAUUUCGGUCUCGGGCGUUGGAUACAUGUUUGCAGCGAGUCAAUAAAAGGUUGCCUGCCAGAGUGAUCAAUCGUAAUGCUCUAGUGGUCGGGGACGCUCGAUUGAGGAAACGCUUUCUAAGAUAGUUCAAAGAAUAAUAUAUCAGUGUAUACAUGAAUAUCUAUCACGAGAAUCGUCAAUAUACCUUAUAUGUCACCUAUUUAAAAU